AUGAAUUUCAGUUCUUGGAAUGUUAGGGGGUUACGGGGUGAUGGGAAGAUGAGGAUGGUAAAGGACUUAAAGAAUAAAUAUAACUUGAGCAUGGUAGGUUUGAUUGAGACGAAAAGAAGGGUAGUGACGAGGUUUGAUGUAACACAGAUUUGGGGGAAUGACGGAGCGGGGUGGGAGUUUGUAGGUUCCACUGGCGCAUCUUGGGGUCUUUUGUUGAUUUGGGAUGAAAUGUUUUUUGACAGGAAAAACUGCUACAAGGGGGAUAGGUGGUUGUGUGUUGAAGGAAUCUUGUUGAAGAAUAGGGUUAACUGUGCGUUUUUCUUGGUCUAUGGUGCACAUAGUAGAGAGGAGAAGAGUCAUGUGUGGGAGGAGUUGAGUUACAUAGCUGGAUUAUGUCAGGUUCCAUCCUGUUUUAUAGGAGAUUUUAAUGAAGUUGUGAAUGUGGAGGAACGAAAAGAUGCAGCUAGUCUAUCUCGGGCUACGAAAGAAUUCAAGCUUUGGAUUCAGGAUAUGCACUUAGUGGAUCUGCCGCUCAUGGAUCGUAAGUAUACUUGGUUUCGUGGCCGGUCGUGCAGUCGGAUUGAUAGAGCUAUGGUUACUGUGGAUUGGCUAGAAGUGUUCCCUGAGACUCGGUUAAGGGGCGGACCAAGGGGUUUGUCAGAUCACUGCCCUAUCAUAGUGGAGGAAAAUAUGAUGAGUCGUGGUCCUAAGCCUUUUCGUAGUCUUGAUUCCUGGUUUACACACACAGGUUUUCUUAGAAUGGUUAGGGAGAAAUGGAGAGGUUUAGGGGAGAUGCAGUUCACAGAUAAAUUGAGGGCGUUGACGGCUCCGUUGAGAAGAUGGCAUAAGGUCAAUUUUGGGGAGAUGGAUAACAGAAUUCUGAAGUUGGAGGAAGAAAUCAAGAAGGUGGAUGAGCUGGUUGGUAAUGGAGUGUAUGAUGGAACUAUGGAGGCCAGGAGAAGGGCGUUAGUUACAUGCUGUGAGAAGUGGUAUGUUAGGAAGGAAAUUCACUGGAAGCAGAUGUCUAGGUCUCGGCAUGCAAAGGAUAUGGACAAGAACACAAGGUAUUUCCACAGUAUAGCUUCGGCGAGAAGAAUAAAUAACAGGAUUGAUUCGCUGGUCGUUAAUGGCAGACUGGUUAGGAACCAAGCUAGAAUAAAAAUAGCUAUCAGAGAGUUUUACAAAGAACUGUAUCAUCAGGAAGAUUCUCCUGUGUUGGGGUUCAGAGAUGGUCUGGUGGAGAGGAUAGAGGAGGUAGACUCUGUUGCCUUGGAGACACUACCUUCAGCCGAGGAGAUCAGAGAGGCAGUAUGGGACUGUAAGUCAUCUAAGGUGCCGGGUUCUUAA